UUAGGAUGCAUAAAUCUGGCCUCUUUUCAUAAUCAAUAUAUUCUGUUGUGUUAUGUUAUGCUCCCUGGAAUUUCGAUGUUGGGUCUGUAAUCUUCAUCAUCUAGAUUCUACUAUUCUAGCAUGGUUUGUUUAUGCUGACAAAUUUCUGUAUUGGUUUUUUGUGUUUAAUACGAAAAGGACCUUUUCUUUUGUUCUCAUGUAUAAGCCGUAUGUUUGAGGCUGUUGAUAUAGUUUACUAAACUCCCAGAGAACCAAAAAUAAAAAUCUAAUUUUCUGCUCAGGAAUCAUUUACAUUACUGGCCACAAAGAAGACACUUAUCAAAAAAAUAUUACACAUAUAAUCCUCCAGAUUGUUGGGCUAACCAAAUACAACCUGAGAAAAAAUUCCAGAUAUUCCAUGGAGAAAACAAAGUUAGAUGCAAUUUCAGCAGCUACCCUCAUCCUGUUUCUCUACUUUGCUGCUAUCUCUGCAUCUACAGAGCAAACUCCUCAGCAUAACCAAGAUGUCUCGAAGCAUUUUGUGCUCGUUCAUGGGUCUUGUUUCGGAGCAUGGUCUUGGUACAAACUAGUACCACUACUAAAAUCUGCUGGACAUAUGGUCACACCUAUUGAUUUAGCUGCUUCUGGCAUCAAUCUUUUGCAUGCUACUGAUGUUCGGUCUUUCUCAGAUUAUUCUAAGCCGUUGAUGGAUAUAAUGGAAUCCAUUCCCUCACAUCAGAGGGUAAUUCUAGUUGGUCAUAGUUCAGGUGGGGCUGUCAUAUCUCAGGCAAUGGAACAUUUUCCGGAGAAGGUUUCUGUCGGUGUUUUCUUAAGUUCUGCAAUGCCUGGUCCUGCACUCAAUUAUUCUGUUAUUGCUAAAAAGGUGAUGGGUAGAGUGGCUCAUGCACUGGACAACAAAUUUACAUAUGAUGAAGGUCCCAACAAUCCUCCAACAACAUUUAUAUUCGGUCCUAAGUUCAUUUCACAAGUAGUUUUCCAAUACAGUCCUCCUGAGGAUGUAGCGCUGGCAACAAUGUUGGUAAGGUCAAGACGGCUGGUCAGUGUAGACGGACUGAUCCUUUCGAAAGCAAAAUAUGGAUCAGUGGCCAGAGUUCUGAUUUAUGCUGAGGAAGACAAGAUUUUGACAGAAGAUGUUGUAAAUUGGACUGUUGAGAAAAAUCCCCCAAACAGAAUUUUCAAAAUAAGUUCUUCAGAUCACAUGGUCAUGCUAUCUCAGCCCAUACAACUUUUCACUCAUUUGCUGAGUAUUGCCCGGGACUUUUCCUGAUUGUUUCCUUCCUCAGAAUUGCAACACAUUCGGCAGAAAAUAUGUCAAACUUCCUUGAAGAAUGUUCAACAAUCAGUAAGAAUACAGUCUAUUUGUUCAUGAUUGUAGUUAAAAUUUUGUUGUUUACAAGUUACAAUGUUUUAUUCAUGUUUAUUGGGACAGCAAUAUUGUUCCUUACAAUGUCUUGUUAAUAAAAUUUGCACAAGUAUUCAGAUUUA